AUGGACAAACCUUCGCGUCCCGUGCGAAAUCGUAAGCGUAGUAGAAAAGCAUGGCCACCGGGGGACACGCAUCGUCCCGUCAAACGCCUCUUCACGCCGGAGAUUAAGCGCAUGCUAAAGGAUUGGCUGGUGCGACGGCGGGAAAACCCGUAUCCAAACCGGGAGGAAAAGAAACUGUUGGCCCACGAGACGGGCCUUACGUACACGCAGAUCUGCAACUGGUUCGCUAACUGGCGCCGGAAGCUCAAGAACUCCGGCAACGACCCACCGACCCGCAAAACCUGGGGCAACCUUAUCAAAAACUACAACACCAACGCGCGCGGGAAUGUGGAACAGUUUAGCAUUUGCUCGAGCGACAGUAUCUGGGGAGAGCAUGGUGUGGGGGGUGAGGACUCGCGUGAUUCACUGUCGCCGGACUCAUCCGGGGAUGAAGUGAGUGGACGGCUUCGACCACAACAGGGACCGCCGGUGGGUGGGGGUUACGGUGGACAAGUAACGUACCUAAAUUAUGCACCCCGGGGAGGAGUUGGAGGGACUGGGACACCGUACGAGGUGUAUGGUAGCGCCACUGGAGCAGGCCACAGCAUCAUCGUCAACAACAACAACAACGAAACGUGUCACAAUAAUAAUCUCAUCGAAAGAAAAUAUGUAGACUACGUACGAUUGAGCGAGUUUGAGCGUUUCAAUGAGCGCACGGAGAACGGUGGGGGAUCAUCCCCUCGAGAAGACGUGCGGGAAACCUAUCCGGCCGCGACUUUCUGCUUCGAUCAUUGCUACACCCCACGCAACUAUGAAACCGUGUUCGGCAUACCGGAAGAAACAAGAUGCUAUAAGGUCACCCAAAUCGAUGGAAAAUACGUUCCAGAAAACGGAACCACCUUGGAACCACUGAUACUCACGACGGCGGCCACUUAUACCCAUCCUUACGGCAAAGAAGUGCAGACAAAUGGUACGCUCUAUCUAACCCCUACCACCACCCUAUCGCCGGCGGUCGGACCCCUCGUGUCCGCCGUUCCGAACGCACGAUCAUCACGAUCGAGUAAGUACAAAAAUAGCAUUAUGGAAAAGUACCUGCGCGAUCUCGGCGAGCUGGAGGCGGCCAAACAGGAACGCCCAACCGUUGUGCCGGUCCUGAUGGCGGCAAUUCCGUUGCAACAGGCGCACUAUCACCAUCACCAUCCGCCCGAGUACGACCAACAAAAGCAUCCUCCACCAAUCCAAGUGGGCUGUGAGGGAUCCGUUUUGCGAGGGCCUCCGUCGCUUUCAAAGUGGCUGGAAAGUACCGCCAAGUUUACACCCUCCAAGCACAACUACAUCGAUUGGGAUAGUUCUGGAAAACAAUCGGCCAACAAAAAGCGGUGUGAUUCGGGUGGCACAUACUUUGGCAUUUCCGGUGGACCUCCGGACUCGACGCGCGAGGACUCUCCACCAACCACCAGCUACGGUGAAAUGGCGGAAACCGUUCCCCCAAGCCAUCAGAAGGACGAAAUCGACGCCGCCGAAGCACUGACCCGACUGGCCAAUAACUUUCGAACAAAGUUCUCCACCUAGUGACCGGUGCUGGGGGAAGAUGGGGGGAAAGAGUUAGAAGUGAAGUGUUUGCUUUUGUCGUUACAAGUUGUUUGUGCAAGUGCAUUCCUUAAUUUAUGCAAAUAGUUGUAGAUCGCGAGGAACUAGAACCGGGCGGCAGAAUAGUGGCGUACUCCAUCGAGUCAUUGACCCUUUAAAGACUUUUUAGACACUUUGAUAGGUAACACAAUAGAGGUAUACUGUUCACCAAUGCUCAGGGCUCAGGUCUAAUUGUAAAGAAAUGGAAUAUUCUGUACUGCGUUGAAACGAUCGCCUAGUCAAUGAGGGUUAAU